GCCCGUUUGCCAUCUAGCAUUAUCGUUCAAAGGAGGCUAGGCUCGACGUACAACUCUCUGACAUUAUUUAGAGGCCGCGUUCCGCUCCUAGAUGGGUUCACUAAGGGCAAGCAGAUCAACGGCCGGUCCUACCCGAUCUUAGAACUGAUCAUCCCUAUCUUCUACUUCGGAUUGGAUAACCUAUAGGCCUACCAGCACCGAGAAGAUGGCGGAAGUCUAUUGCACAUGUGUGAUUGCCUACAUGGAGGGGAGGAGGCCGCCUCCUAGAAGCGAGCUGAGUUCGACUUUGGAAGCACUUGAUAAACGCGCUCGACAACUCGAAGCCACAUCCCAGGUCACACCACCUCCACCGUUUCUUGAAACAACGUGGGACUCACUUACAUGGCGUGUGUGCCGUCUGUCACGUUUACUGCCGCCUGCUAAGACGCUCAAGAAGGCACCACCUUUGGGAAAUGCCGCCUCUUUGUCUCUCUUGAAGGGUGCCAUCUCGACCAUCGGCGUCCAGAACCAGAUCCCCUGGUCCGUGGACGAUGAUUUGGAAGAAAAAGAAUAUAUAAAGUUAGCUGCGCAAUGGCUCUACUUCUACGCGGGCCAACGCAAUGUUGAGAUUAGGCACCCUUCGUUCAAAUUCGAGGACGUUUGUUCCCUAGCGCUGGAUCUAUCUCUCGAGGCUGAAUCUGGGUGGGCUUGGAAUAGGCGACCAAUACCUCCCCCUGGCCUCAUGGUACCUCCGAUGGUCAGCACGCAAAGAGCAAGAUGCUGUGGCUGCUGCUCCUGUAGUUGCCAUAGGAACUCAAGAUCGCGACGCGAUUCGAGCGUGAGCUCGGACGGGAGUUCACAUAGGAGUUCGCAUCGCGGAAGAUGGCCGGUCGUGGGAUGGUUCAAAAAACUAGCCUUCUGGCGUAGGAGACGCAUUGCGGAUGAUUCUUCGUCAUCAUCGAGCACAAUUGUGGACGACUAAAGGAAUGGCCCCCUGAUAGAGAGCGAAUUGUUUCUCCAUAAAACUUCAUGUACCAAACAUAUCCUUGAGUUCAUGUAUUUACAUUAGUGGUACGAAAAGGUAGCCCGGAGUAAAAUCAAGUGUGUGUUAUUGGCAAAGAUAAACCUCUAUCUAGAUCAAGGACUCAAACAUACGUGAAAACUGUACGACGAUAAUUUCUAGCGUAUGAAUGUCUUACUGAUGGAACAGCUGGUGGCUGAGUGACGCGCUUCUUUGUGUUCUGGACGAAUGAAGGUAAGUCUUAUCUCAGGUGACCUCAGACCAGAAUUUCGAU